AGAGAGAAAAGGAUCGAGAUAGCAAAGUCACAAAAACGUGAGCUGAAGCUCAUCCCGUUUUUCAGCAGGCAGCAGCAGAAACGUUUCGUUUCCCGGAGAUUGAACUGUUGGAUUGUCGUGAGUUUUGGACAGAAACUACACAGCAUUUGGGCCAACAUUCUGGACGGUGGAGAUCGGGUUUUGAGGUCCGUAGGUUGGGUUUCUUUGGUCUGGAUAAUAGCUAUUUUUCUGGUGAUAUUUUUCUUAUCUUGGCUCUACUUUGAUUCCAUACACUUUGAUGUGCUUAUUCCAAGGAUAUGAUGAUAUUUUAUGCCUCUAGUAUUAUCUAGAGAAGACUUUGUAUUUCUCCUUUGAUGAUGAUAGUGGAUUUAAGCAGCCAAAAUGGUCCCGUGAUUUUCCCUUAGUUUAUGGGUUUUCCACGCUAAAAUUCCGGUGUCUUUGUGUUGUGUGUGCUUACUGUUUUUAGCUCAAUAUCUUGGUGCAUAGAAGUGGUAUUGUGCGUGUUUUAAUUGGAUUAAGAACACCCUAUUUAUUUGCAUCCUCAAAGGUUCAUUAAAGUUGGGAAAGUUUAGCCAAACGAAAAUUAAUUCCGCAUUUUAUUAGUUACCGUUUGUGGCUGUUUUUCCCAUCACAGACCAUUAAAAUAGAUAAGACAAAAAGUUGAUGUUGAAUCAACUCCAUUUAUUUAUAUAGUGAUAUUUAAAUCAAUUGAUUAAGACAAGUGAGAGUUGUCAAAGUGGCUCCGCCCCUAUACGAGGGAGUUUUGUGAAGGAAGGGUGUUACAGCUUUGGUUCACGUUUUCUUUUACCGCGUCAAUGCAUAUUUUGUUGAUAGACGUGAAAGUAGUAAAAGAAGAGUGACAGAAGGCCAUGAGUACUCCCCAUACAUAACAAAUAUCAUUGACAAGAAUAAGGACAAGACAAAACACCAUACUGUCACCGCAUUUGAUAUAGAGCGGAAAUGAGGUUCAGGUGAUGCCAUUGCUGAUGCUAGAGAUAUUUGAUAUAGAUGCACACUUCAGUUGAGGUAGUGCUACUCUAGCGUAUAUUUAUAGGCAGCUUUGUCGAUGUUGUCAAAGUGGGAGCAUGGAGGUUGUUUUUUUUGCUUUUCUUACAGAUUUGGUCACGGGAGUACAUUCACAUUGGGCGUCCCAUUAUAUCACGAUACCAUGGGCCAGAUGGACUCCCACUUCAUGACUAGCCUCCACAUCUCCUUGGACCACAUCAUCGACGGGGCGAGGACCCUCUGGGGCGUAUGUAUGUUUUACAAGAUUAUAUUUAUGUUAUUGUAUGUUCCGAAUAAUUAUAUGAAUUAUAUUUAUAUUAAUAUGUACUACGUGAAUGGUUAGAUGGCUAUUUGCUAAUCUUUCUCGCGCAUCAUCGGCUAUAGGACUCGGUUUCUAUAGAGAUGCAUUUGAUCGCAUGUCGGAUGAUCAGAUUACAUGCAUGCCAUAUACAUCCCAGAUGUUAGAGGAGUUGCCCCGGGCAGAACGAGAGCACUAUGAUAUAUGGCGAGCACGUGUCCUGUUGAUCUGUUUUGACAUUGUUGAGCUUCAUUUGCCGGAUCAUGUACUGCGGCAAUUUGGCUAUGAGCAGGUCAUUCCAGCACCUGUCGACACAUGUGUAGAUCUUCAUAAGCUGGAUAGGCAUGGGAAGCCUACAGAGGAUUGAUCGCUCAGACAUGUCAGAUACGUUACUGUAUGGGAGAGGCGAGCAGAGCUUGUUGUGACUGGGACGCCUACAUUAGUCCCAUCCGUUUCUGUAUACUACAUGAGAUGGUACUACAACAUCACACGGUUGUUUGUCUCUCCUUCUUUAAGACUCCCUACUCACCAUUACCAGCCUAGUUCCAUAGCUUUACACUUGACGAUACGGGCUUUGCAGCGUAUACAUGAGCGAGCGACUGCCACAGUGAAUUAUACGCAUGACAUGGACACGUACGGUCAGGUUCUGACGGGCAUUGCUUCGUUGUGUUCAGAUGUGUUGGACCUAGUGGACUAUGGACAUCUUAUAAAUAUGACCCCCUCUCAAGAUUAUAUGACAUCGACAUCAUCAGCAUCAACGGUGGGUUCUACAUCUCAGACUCAGAGGGAAAGAGUUGUUCUUCAACCACGACAGCGACGUAGGCGUAUGCCUCAACAACUACAUCUCCAUGACCAAGACGAUCAAGAAGACCAUGAAAACUUGUAGUCUCUAUUAUUGGAUUUACUCAUGUACACCAAAUGUUGUAGAAACACUUCAUAACGUAUUUUCACCUUCAAACUAAUGUAUAUUCUUUUAUUAGUGUUUUUUCAUUUAUU